UCGUUUGCACAGGCGCAGUACACUUUCUUGACACUGCGCGUGCGUGUUUUGCACAUAGAGCCAGUUGAGUGGAGUUGCAUUAUUUGCUGUUAGUACUUUAGUCAAAAAAAACACCAGGCGUUUCGUUUUUGCUUUUGAAUUGAAGUAGAAUAUAUGUUAUUUGGCUUUUAUCUUUCAGAGUAUUUUAGUGGCUGGCGGUGUUUGUUAAUAUCUUUCCCUGCAGGUCUUUUGUUGUGCAGUUGAUCUACCGUGCGGUUCGUUUAAAGUUCUUGUUUAACCAGCUAUAACUUUCCACUGGUAACUAAGUUGGCUGUUAGAUGUGUUAAAAGACCUAAUAGAGUUCAGAAGAAUUAUAAAGUGAUGGAGGCUCCGCCGGUUACUGUAAUGCCCGUAACGGGUGGAACCAUAAAUAUGAUGGAGUAUCUUCUUCAAGGCAGCGUACUGGAUCAGUCACUGGAGAGUCUCUUACAUCGACUCCGAGGUCUGUGUGACAACAUGGAGCCUGAGAGCUUUGCUGAUCAUGAGCUGGUGUAUCUGCUGAAGGGUCAGCAGGGCAACCCGUUCAUGCUGCGUGCGCGCCGCUCCCUUCUUCACCCCACGGCCCCUUGGCAUCUGCGCUAUCUAGGUCAGCCUGAGGUGGGCGACAAAAGCCGUCACGCUUUGGUCCGAAACUGUGUGGAUGUGGCUGCCUCGCAUAGCUUACCGGAGUUUCUCAACGAGAUGGGUUUCCGCAUGGACCAUGAGUUUGUGGCCAAGGGUCAAGUGUUCCGGAAAGGAGCGAUGAAGGUGGUAGUGAGCAAACUGUUACGUGUCCUGGCGUCAGGAAACACAGAGAACACAGAGCCGCUGUCUCUUUCGUAUCUUGUUGAGCUGAGCGUACUGGCUCCUGCAGGACAGGACACUGUGUCUGAGGACAUGCGAAGCUUCGCCGAACAGCUGAAACCUCUGGUGCACCUGGAGAAAAUUGACCCUAAAAGACUCAUGUAGUGUGACUUGAUUUCAGUGGAGACUUUCGCUUGUAUUUUGAUGAUGAUGGGUAUUUUAUGCUAAUUGAUUGAUAAAUAUUCAAAACAUUUAUUUUUUGUAAGCAAGUAAAAGUCCAUAAAUGGAUGAUAAAAAAAUGUGACAAAUAAA